UAACCUGUGUCUGUGUGCCACUCGCUGCAUGUGUUAACAGUUCCCAAUUAUUGUUAUUUGGUGCACUUGGUUGUACUUGUGCGAGAAGAGAGCCUCAAGUUUGCUCAACUAUAACACCAUACGACUAUAAUCAACUAUAACAGUGUAUCGACAGUGCUCCGUUUGGCUUCGUUGUAGUUUAUGCUGUUAUUUAAAUUAAAACUUCCGUGGACUUUAAACCUCAUUUAAUUUUGCUAUCUCAUCCACUUAUUGCACGAUAGCAUAUAAAAACUGAUAAGAACUACAGCCUCAUAGGACUUUCACUUUUUGUUUGAGACAGAGUAGUUGGAGCUCUAUGCAAAAUGAGAGAUAUAGAGCAGUUACGUUUUGACGGCAGAGUAGUUAUAGUAACAGGAGCAGGAGCAGGUUUGGGUCGUGCAUACGCCUUGCUCUUCGCUUCUAGGGGUGCCAGUGUUGUGGUAAACGACUUGGGCGGAGGGAGACACGGCGAUGGAAACAGCACCAAGGUUGCGGACACAGUUGUUGCAGAAAUUACAAGAAAUGGUGGAAAAGCAGUUGCCAAUUAUGAUUCCGUUUUGGACGGUGCAAAGAUUGUUAAGACUGCCAUCGAUUCGUUUGGGCGAAUAGAUGUGAUUGUUAAUAAUGCUGGAAUUUUGAGAGAUAAAUCUUUUGCUAAGAUGACAGACACAGAUUGGGAUUUAGUCCUCGAUGUACACCUUAAAGGUGCUUACAAAACUACUCAAGCAGCGUGGCCUUACUUUUCUAAACAGAACUAUGGUCGUGUGAUAAUGACCACGAGCAACAGUGGAAUGUACGGAAACUUUGGUCAGGCCAAUUACAGCGCAGCGAAAAUGGGGCUAGUUGGGCUGGCCAACACAUUGGCUAUUGAGGGCAGGAAGAGGAAUAUACAUACGAAUGUGAUAAUACCCACAGCUGCGUCUCGAUUGACAGAAGACAUCAUGCCACCAGAUCUUUUAGAAAAUUUAAAACCUGAAUUGAUAGCCCCGGUGGUUGUUUGGCUGUGCCACGAAAAAUGUACAGAAAAUGGUUCUAUCAUCGAGUCUGCAUUAGGUUGGGCUGGGAAAUGUCAUUUGGUUCGUGCAUCAGGAGUCACUUUAAGACAAGACUUGACGAGCAAUGUAACUCCUGAGGAUGUUGAACAAAAAUGGUCAGCUAUCACUGACAUGUCUUCCGCUAAACACUUUGAUACCAUCGAGGAAGUAACAGGAGAGUUUAUGAUGGCCAUCGAUAAAAUGAAAUCUGGAAAUUCUGAAAAGGCUAAUAGCGUGUACAACUCUACCUAUAAUUCUCGAGAUGCUAUAUUAUACGCAUUAGGAGUUGGCGCUACAGUCCAAGAACCAUCCGAUAUGCGUUACCUGUACGAGAAUCAUGAAGACUUCUCCGUGAUACCUACAUUUUUUGUCUUGCAUGGUCCGAUACAACUUAUGAGUACUUCCAUCAUCGAAGAUGCUAUACCUGGUCUCCAACUAGAUCCAACGAGGUCGUUGCAUGGAGAGCAAUAUAUAGAAGUUUAUAAGCCAGUGCCAACAGCAGCCACGGUGGAAACACACUUUAAAGUUUUGGAUUUGCUAGACAAAGGAAAGGGUGCUAUAAUAAUAAUACAACAUGAAACAUUUGACACUGCGUCUGGAGACAAGUUGUCUACUGGACAAAUGUCGGUGUUCUUGAUAGGAGCUGGUGGUUUUCAAGGCAAACGAACAUCCUCGAAUAUCGUGCCAACCAUCGAACCACCAAAACGAAAAUGUGAUGCAUCAGUUACUCAGCAAACUAGUUACGAUCAGGCAGCGUUGUACAGAUUAAGCGGAGACGCGAAUCCAUUGCAUAUUGAUCAAAACAUGGCUGUGAUGAGUGGCUUUAAAAGACCUAUUUUACAUGGAUUAUGUACUCUCGGAUUUUCUGUCCGUCAUGUUAUGCAAACCUAUGCUAAUGGCGAUCCAGGGCUAUUUAAAGCCAUCAAGGUUCGUUUUGCAAACCCAGUACUUCCAGGUCAAACCUUGCGAACCGAUAUGUGGCAAAAUGGAAACAGAAUACAUUUUCAAACUUACACCGUGGACAACAAUGUACCAAUCAUCACAGGUGCUUACGUCGACUUGAAGGAUGUGAAACCUAAACAACCAAUGCUGAAUCCUUGCUCAGGCAGCGAAAGCCUCCAAAGUGAUGCAGUGUUCGCUAUGAUCGAAGAUUAUGUGAAAGCGAAUCCAGAAGAGGUGAAGAAGGUCAACGCAAUCUUCCGUUACAACAUAACGUUAAAAGGAAAACCACACUCGACGUGGACUCUGGACUUGAAAAAGCCCGAGGUGCACAGAGGAGAACCAAAAUCAGAUAAAAUUGAUGCAAUAUUGUCAGUUGAGGAUGAAGACAUGGUGCAAAUGGCGACUGGUAAACUAAAUCCACAAAUGGCAUUUAUGAAAGGAAAAUUGAAAAUUAAUGGAAAUAUUAUGGUUACCCAAAAAUUGAAGUCCCUCAUGGAAAUAGCUAAAUCGAAAUUGUAAUAUGGUAAACCAUUAAUUACGCUACAAUUGUUAUUAUGUUGAGUUAUACAGUUGAGAUUUUUUAUUAUUAAAUAUUUGUAUAUUUUUAUAAUUUUUACUUAAUGUAUGUUGGGGGAAUAAAGUACGUAUUCUAUGAAUAAUUUUA